AUCUGAUCAGAGUGAUGCUGACUCGGCCUGUGACAAAACUGGGUCAAUGUUAGCUUCUCACAGGCCAUAAAGUUGUGGAGGAAGAAAGGGAAAGACGGCUGUCACCAAGCUUUGGCUGUGGAGAAAGAGUGCAUAGCUUGAAUGUUUCGCCUGUUGGCAAGUGUUUUAGGGGAGUGUUGUGGUACAUUUAGUUGUACUGAACUUCUCUCGUGCUCUUUUUAUGCCAGUCACAAUGAUGUUCUUUUGUUUUCCCUGCCUUGUGAUUAUUCAGAUGCCCCCACUCCCCCUUGACGAACGCAUAGUGGUCAUCCAGCGCCCCAAGACUUUGCCCCUCUCCUUGGGCUCUCUGCAGUCUACUCCUCAGCACUCCAUCCGGAACAAUCCGACAGCACCUCCCUCACAACCCCACCCCCUUCCGUCCCAUUCCCGCUCCCGUCCCUCCGUCUACCCGAAUGCGGAAGGAAAGUCCAGCCCCUCCAGCAAUCAAUGGCGAGCCAGGGAGGAGAGAGCGGUCGAUGCAGAGUCCGGCUAUAGCGCUUGCGGUCACAGCCAUGGCGAUGAAACGCUGACGUUUGGGUCAGGCCGGAAUAAGCAGCGGCAUACUUUGGAUAUUAAACUCUCUCUGGGCAGCAGAGGAGAAGGCAGCUUGGAGAGAGGGCCGUGGAGCAGCGAGUCCCACGGAGGGAGCUUGAAAGGCCGGAGAGAGAAGAAGCUAUCCCUGCACCUGGAUCUCAGACAGGAGGACUGGAAAUUGGGUGGAACCUCAGGAAGACCCGGCGAGGUGGUAGUGCAGCAAGUCCAGAACCCAUUCCGCGUCAGAGACCUCUAUCCCAAGCCAUCCUCAGCAGCUGUUCCCGGCAUUGUACUUGCAGAAGGACGGCAUCCAGAGCUCAGGAAAGAGACAGACCUAUCACACAACCUCAGGGAGGUAUCUUCUGUAGGUGACAAGGCCAGCUCCAAAUUGGGAACCCUCCUCCAGGCUCCCUACCUCCACCAUAGCCUUCCUCGGCACUACGGUUCCACCCCAACAGCCCACCAUACUUCCACCUUGCGCAACCCAUACCCUCCCGUUAUCACCUCUGUUCCUUCCCAUGCCCUGCCCCACUUCCUCCCUCUUAGUGGGCAGUCCCGCUUGUCUCGAGGCAGGGAGCGCCACCUGCAGCACCUCCACAGUUUGCCACUAUCCCCCAGUUCUUCUCGAGGCUUCCCCAGCCCGGACCAUUCUUGCACCAUCAAUUUACAGCAACCCUUCAACUGCGGCUGCUGGAGGCUGGUGUGCCGCGGCAGAGGAGGCGGUCACUCUCGAGGGUGUCAGGGGUGUGGCGCAAGCCCCUCGUCCACCCUUUCCCAUUCUCAGGGAGCGGGAGGAGCUGGGAGUAGUGGUGGUAUCUUUACAUCUGGAGUCAUGGGAUUGAAGACGCUUGGCGGGUGCCUGUCCACUGCAUCCACCACAAACACCUCCUCAUCUGGCAGCACCAUGUCUGACUGUCGAGUUGGGCUUCUGGGGCCCCUACGCUGCAAAUCCUGCUCUGGCAAUGGCUUUGGGAGCCCCACCUCCUUACACAAGAAGCUUAUUGGGGGCUGUCUACCAUGUUCACCACUCUCAACCUCCAGCCCCCUUCGAGCCCUCCAUAACUGUGUCACUGGCUGCGACCCGAAAGCCAGCCAGGCUGGCAGCUCUUCCUGCAGCUACUGCAGCAGUGACCCCAUCGUAGUGACCUAUAACCCCCGUCGACUAAAGCCCCCAGAGGUCACCAGUGGCAGUGGGCCACUGAUGUCUGGGAGAUUCCCGCCCGAUGAUGAUGAUGAUGAUGACUACAGUGUGCGCACUAUCUGGCCUGAGGAGCUUUCCCAGAAGAUGACAAAGUCAAAGGUCCACCAUGACCAGAAAGGUCUGGGAAUGGCCUCAGGACCCAGAAAUCAGUACCAGAGCAGCAGUAAUGGGACCAGCCCCAUGAUUCUGGACUGUCGCAAUCUGCUCGAGUUCACCCGGUCCCACCUCGCAGACCACGCUGGACGCCGACGGCUCCAGCAGGGCAAAGCAGCUGUCCUGGACUUCAUUGGAUCUGGCUCCAGUCAAAACACCAGCCGGGACUCACUGAAGAGACUCUGGACCAAAAGUGAAGACAGGGGGAUGAUGGAUGGCAGUGGGCAAGAUGAGGAACCAGGCUUGAUGCGUUCAUUUUCUUCAAGAUCCGCUUCACCCACGUCGCCUUUCUCCUUUUCUCCUCCACCCUCAAGCCACUCCACCCUCAACAAGCCCAAACCUUGGGAGAGGGGGUCCCUCCCUUCUGCACGGUCACUCCACCUGGUCCUGAACUCGCUCAAUGCCGAUCAAGAUGAGGAGAACAUGAGAGUCCAUCUGUCGCUUCCACUGUCUUCUUCACUCCCCACCUCUCUGUCGGAUGAGGGGUUGAUGACUCCAGACGUGGAAAAUGCUGCUAUCAGCUCCAUCUUGCCCUUCCUGUUCCUCGGCAACGAGAGGGACGCCCAGGACCUAGAUCUGCUGCUGAGGCUCAACAUUGGCUUCGUUGUCAAUGUGACCACCCACCUGCCCCUCUACCACCUGAACACUGGACUGAUCCACUACAAGCGGCUGCCCGCCACAGACAACAGCAAGCAGAACCUCAGGCAGUACUUCGAGGAGGUGUUCGAGUUCAUCGGUGAGUUUGGUCAGGAGGGGAGGAAGACCUUGUGUGGAGUGCGUCCUGGUUUAGAAGCUGGUGGUUUCGUUCAGAUCAAACUCAGUUAGCUUGACCAGCCUUUUCUCCUGAAAUAUACACAGGUGGUUCCCGGGUUAAGAACGCCCGACUUACAGAAGACUUUAACUUAUGAACGGAUUGCCAUAAAGUCUAUUAUAUUCAAAUUCAGGUUAAAUACAAAGGUUCGUAAUAAUAAAUGCAAACACUAUGUGCAAGCAUUGUGCAGCUUCAGCA